GCCGUGGUCCGAUCGCCGCGGCCGAGGAGCCGACGGCUCUGACGCGGACUGGACCGGGUGAGCCGCGGCCAAGGCGGACCAGCGCUGACUGGCGAGGGGGCACGGCGAGCCUCACCGGGAGGCCACUCCGCCCUCGGCCGCAGUCACUGACGGCCAGGCGGACCAUGGCGUCCUCGGCUCGCCUGGUCACCAUCAAGCGGAGCGGCGACGACGGCGCGCACUUCCCGCUGAGCCUCAGCUCCUGCCUGUUCGGAAGGAGUAUUGAAUGUGACAUUCGUAUCCAACUGCCUGUAGUGUCCAAAAAACAUUGCAAAAUUGAAGUCAAUGGGCAAGAGGCAAUAUUGUAUAAUUUCAGUUCCACAAAUCCAACGCAAGUGAAUGGGGCUACUAUAGAUGAGCCUGUGCAACUGAAACAUGGAGAUAUAAUAACAAUCAUUGACCGAUCUUUUAGGUAUGAAAAUGGAAAUCAUGAGGAUGGAAGCAGCUCAACUGGAUUUCCAGGAAAAUCACCUGGACAGGAACCAGCACGGCGAGCUUCGAGAACUAGCUUCUCUGUUGACCCUGAUGGGAAAGGUCAAGAUGCCAAACCUUCGAAAACCACUGCUCCAAGAAGAUCUUUGGUACAAGCCAAGAGGCUCCCUGGAGACAUUUCGGUCUCAGAUGGCUCAAAGGACAGUGUUACCCAAGAUCUAUCCAAUAACCGUUCUUCAGGGCAUGUAGAACAGCACAGUGGCAGAAGCAUAGGAGAGCCCACAUCAGGUGGUCUUUUUAAGAAGUCCGGGGCUACAGGGAGUAGUUACAGGGAACUGAAGUCUUCUCCUGCACAGAGCCUUAGCAACAGCAAGAAAAAUGACUCUCCCUUUGAGAAACUUUAUCAGUCGAUGAAGGAAGAGUUGGAUAUAAAAUCACAGAAACAGUCUCGUAGAAAGUCAGAACCACAACCUGAAUGUACAGCAGGCAAAGAUACAUGGGAAACAAAGUUAUUGGUAUCAUGCAAGUCAAGACCAAAAUCCAGUGGAAGCACACCUGGGACUGCAGCCUCUUCACCCAAAGGAGACAAGAUCGGGGCUGUGACACCGAACAAUGGUGUGCGGCCUGUUGAGACUUCCGCAGAGGCUCCGAGCUCCAGCUUUCCUCUCUCUGAGACAGCUAAGAUGAAGACCCCUGUGCGAAAUUCACAGCUGCUUAAGAAUGAAGACUUGCAUGUUACUGGCAGAAGAGAGUCUGUGAAUCUGGGUGAAAGUGAAGGUGCCAAGGCAGGUCAUAGGAUAGUCACUCCUAGGAAGCUGGGAACUAGAAACCAAACUUCAGUGAAAGUUGAAGAUGCUGCCAGCCCUGCUGAUACACCAGAGAAUCUCUCUUCCAAAAAGAGGAGGAAUAUUCCUGCAAAGGUAGAAGGGCUGUCUGCUGAAACACAAAACCGGUUCUCUUCAACUCAGCACCUUGCUCCAAGUGAAAAGAGAACUCCAAAGGAGUCCUUCAGCAAGCCUGAGAAAUUGGCCACUGCAGCUGAGCAGAUUUGCUCUGGGCUACCUGGUCUUAGUUCUGUUGAUAUCAGCAACUUUGGUGACUCCAUUAACAAGAGUGAGGGAAUGUCUGUGAAGAGAAGACGUGUAUCGUUUGGUGGUCAUCUAAGACCUGAAUUAUUUGAUGAGAACUUGCCUCCCAAUACACCACUCAAAAGAGGAGAAACACCGACCAGGAGGAAGUCACUUGCCACUCACACUCCAGCUGUCCUGAAGAAAAUCAUCAAGGAACGGCCUCAGUCACCAGGGAAACAAGAGUCUCCUGGAAUAUCUCCACCAAAGGCAAUUGAUCAAAGACGCAGAUCAGGCAGGAGCUCACCUGCUUCCAGUGACAGCAAAUCCUUACAUCAGACAGACACUCCCAAAAAAGCAGGCAGGAAGAGUGGCAACCUGCCUGCCAAGAGAGCAUCCAUCAGCCGAAGUCAGCAUGACAUUUUACAGAUGAUUUGCUCCAAAAGAAGGAGUGGUGCUUCUGAAGCCAACCUGAUUGUUGCAAAAUCAUGGGCAGAUGUCGUAAAACUCGGCACAAAACAAACACAGACAAAAGUUGUAAAACAUGUUCCUCAAAAGCAGACGAGCAAAAGACCAAGAAGACCCAAUACUCCAAAGAAACCUACAAGCAACCUUCACAAUCAAUUUAGCACAGGCCAUGCAAACUCUCCCUGUACCAUUGUAAUAGGGAGAGCUCAGAUUGAAAAAGUAAGCGUGCCUGCUCGGCCCUACAAAAUGCUGAACAACUUGAUGUUAAACCGAAAAAUGGACUUCAGUGAAGAUCUGUCAGGACUAACUGAAAUGUUCAAGACUCCAGUGAAGGAGAAGCAGCAACAGAUGAAUGACGUGGGCUCCAUUCUUUCCAAUUCAGAGAAUUUACCUGAAAAACAGUUUCAAGUAACUAAUUCAGGAGACAAACCUCUUCCUAUCACCUCAGAGAUUUUAGGAGAAAAUGUGCUAUCCAGUACUCAGAAUGCAGCAAAGGAGCCAUCUGAUAAAUAUUCUGCAAGUCCCAUCUUAAGACGGAGGAGCAUCAAAAGUGAAAACACAGUGCAAACUCCUAGGAAUAUCCCUAACAUUACUCACCUUGAAAAGAAGACUCCAGGCUCUGUGACAGAGCCUCUGAAGACAGUAUCCAGUGCGAGCAAAUUAAGAAGGUCUAGAGAGCUCAGACAUACACUUGUAGAAAGUAUGCAUGAAAACACAGAAGCAGACUUUGCCGAGGGCAUCAAAGGCAGACACUUAAGGAAGACAUCACUGCAAGGACAAGAAGUGGACCGACAGGUUCAGGACAGUAAAAACUCUUCACAAAGACUCAAGGAAAAUGUUGAAUUAAAAGAAGAUCCAGAAAAAACAUCAGCUAUGAAAUCAAGUGCCAGGGAGCAGAAGCCAACAAAAGACAUAAUAGGAAGUCAGAUGAUCACCCAAACAGCAGCCUGUGCUGAGGAACUACUUAAUCAAGAAAAAGAAACCACAGGAGAACCAGAGGAAUCCAUGCACAUGCAAAACACACCAAUAUAUGAUGACCAAAGAGCUAAAAAGCAGAAAGUGGAGCUAGUAUGUGCAGCCAAAGUGAAGCGGUGGUCAAGGACUCCUGAUAAAAAGACCCAACCUCUAGAAGGCCCAGCUAGUCUCAAGGAGCCCUUCGAAACACCAAACUACAGAGACAAACCCAUAGGCGAUGAUAAAACCAAAGUCCUUUGCAAAUCCCCACAACCUACAACAGAGAAGACCAAAACAAGCACAAAAACACGGCCCAGCACAUCUGGGAAGAAAGUAGACAUGAAAGAAGAACAGUCUACACUAAAGACGUUUGUACACAUGUCAGGAGGUACCAGGCAUACUUCCAAAUUUCCAGAACUUGAGCAUGGGACCAUCAAAGCUUUAAAGGAACCUGAAAAUCAAAUGCUGGGUGUAACUGUAUCUAGUACCAAGAGGCCAGUAGGAAAAGCUAAGGAAAAGGCUCAGAGCCUGGAAGACCUGGCUGGUUUCCAGGAACUCUUUCUAUCACCAGUCCCUGGUGACAAAAUCACAAAAAUGCCCAACAAAUCGCCAUUUCCAGAACUGGUCAGAAAUCUAGCAAGCAAAAGGAGACUGUCCAAGACAGGUCUUGAUAAGGUGGAUAUGAGAGAAGAGCCUUCCACACUUGGGAAACGCACAAAGUCUCCAGGCAGAGCCACACGCACCCCCACAGCACCAGUGCUGGAAGAGAGCGACUCCACAGCCUUUAUGGAAACUCCAAAGCAGAAACUGGAUUUCACAGAGAAUUCAGGGAGUAAGAGAAGGUCACGGACACCCAAGAUCAGGACUCAACCCCUAGAAGACCUGGAUGGCUUCCAAGAACUCUUCCAAACUCCAGUGGGUGCCAGUGACCCGAUGACUGUUGGGGAAACUACACAGGUAUCUUUGGAGUCUCUACCUUCAGAACCGGUCAGAACCCCAGCAAGCAAAAGGAGACUGUCCAAGACAGGUCUCAGGAAAGUGGAUGUGAGAGAAGAGCCUUCCACACUUGGGAAACGCACAAAGUCUCCAGGCAGAGCUGCACGCACCCCCACAACACCAGUACUGGAAGAGAGCGACUCCACAGCUCUUAUGGAAACUCCAAAGCAGAAACUGGAUUUCAUAGUGAAUUCAGGGAGUAAUAGAAGGUCACGGACACCCAAGAUCAGGGCUCAACCCCUAGAAGACCUGGAUGGCUUCCAAGAACUCUUCCAAACUCCAGUUGGUUCCAGUGACCCGGUGACUGUUGGGGAAACUACACAGGUAUCUUUGGAGUCUCUACCUUCAGAACCAGUCAGAACCCCAGCAAGCAAAAGGAGACUGUCCAAGACAGGUCUUGAUAAGGUGGAUGUGAGAGAAGAACCUUCCACACUUGGGAAACGAACAAAGUCUCCAGGCAGAGCCGCACGCACGCCCAUAGCACCAGUGCUGGAAGAGAGCGACUCCACAGCUCUUAUGGAAACUCCAAAGCAGAAACUGGAUUUCACAGAGAAUUCAGGGAGUAAGAGAAGGUCACGGACACCCAAGAUCAGGACUCAACCCCUAGAAGAUCUGGAUGGCUUCCAAGAACUCUUCCAAACUCCAGUGGGUGCCAGUGACCCGGUGACUGUUGGGGAAACUACACAGGUAUCUUUGGAGUCUCUACCUUCAGAACCGGUCAGAACCCCAGCAAGCAAAAGGAGACUGUCCAAGACAGGUCUUGAUAAGGUGGAUAUGAGAGAAGAACCUUCCACACUUGGGAAACGAACAAAGUCUCCAGGCAGAGCCGCACGCACGCCCAUAGCACCAGUGCUGGAAGAGAGCGACACCACAGCCUUUAUGGAAACUCCAAAGCAGAAACUGGAUUUCACAGAGAAUUCAGGGAGUAAGAGAAGGUCACGGACAUCCAAGAUCAGGACUCAACCCCUAGAAGAUCUGGAUGGCUUCCAAGAAGUCUUCCAAACUCCAGUUGGUUCCAGUGACCCGGUGACUGUUGGGGAAACUACACAGGUAUCUUUGGAGUCUCUACCUUCAGAACCGGUCAGAACCCCAGCAAGCAAAAGGAGACUGUCCAAGACAGGUCUUGAUAAGGUGGAUGUGAGAGAAGAACCUUCCACACUUGGGAAACGCACAAAGUCUCCAGGCAGAGCUGCACGCACCCCCACAGCACCAGUGCAGCAGGAAAAAGGGAUAAAAGCAAUGAUGGAAACUUCAAAUCAGAAACUGGAGCCUGUAGGACAUUUAACUGGGCCUAAGAAACAGCUUAGAACACCUAAGGAAGAGGGCCAGUCUCUAGAUGACCUAACUGAUUGCCAGGAGCUCUUCCAAACACCAGACCAUGGCAAUGGCCUGUUGGUUGUUGGGAAAACCAAAAAAAUGUCCUUUAAUUCUCCACAACCAGAAGCUAUCAUAACCUUAAAAAGCAUAAAGAGACAGUCCAGGGCAAGUAUUGGUAAAAUGGAAGUGAAAGAAGAACUUUCAAAGUCAGAGAAACACCCGCAAAUAGAAAAAGCCAUAGACACACUCCAGGUACCCAAUGAUAACACUAUCAUUAGAACAUCGAAGCAAUCUACAAAGCGGAAACUGGAUCCAGCAGCUAGUGUGCCUAGCAGCAAGAGGCUGAGACGUGCAUCUAAGGAUAAGACACCAUGCCUGGAAGACCUCAGUGGCUUCCAACAGCUCUUCCAAACACCAGGCCAUACUAAAGACUCACUCCCUGUUGGUGAAACCUUAAAAAUGCCCAGCAAAUCUCCACAUUCAGGACCAGUUCGAAGCCAGACUAGUAGGAAGAGUGUGGCCAAGAUAAGUCUCAGGAAAAUGGAUGUGACAGAACUUGCAGCACUCUGGAAGCAGUCACCAGGCAAAGCCCCCACAGCACCAGUGCAGCAGGAUCCUGGGAUACAAGCAAUUAUGAAGAAGACUCCAAAAGAUAGACCAGAGACUGCAGCAGAUGUAACUGGGCUUACAGGACAGCGAAGAGCACCUAAGGAAAAAGCCCUACCCCUGGAAGGCCUUAGUGGCUUCCAAGAACUCUUCCAAACGCCAGGCCACAGCACUGAUCCAUUGAUUGAUAACAAAAGAACAAGUGUACCCUUGAAAUCUCCACAACCAGGACUUGUUAGAACCCCACAAACCUCAAAGAGACUAGCCAAGAUAAGUCUUGGGAAAGUGGGUGUGAGAGAAGAGAUCUCUUCACUGAAUGUGCCGGGGCGAGCUACGGGGGAGAUUGUACACGUACCCAGACUUGCAGAAGAUGAUGGCAGAGGGAACAAGGAUCUGAAGGAAUCCAGAACUCAGACACUGGGCCCAUCCGUAAGUGUAACUGGCAGCAAAAAGCAGCGAGAGGCACGGAAGGAAAGGUCUCAGUUCCCAGAAGACUUAGUUGGUCUCCAGGAGCUCUUCCAAACACCAGCUAGUCACAAAGACUCAAUGACUGUUCGUGAAACUAUAAAAAUGUCUUUGGAGUCUUCAAAACCAGAACAUAUCAGAACCCCAGCGAGUACAAAGAGACUGUCCAAGACAGGUCUUGAUAAGGUGGAUGUGAGAGAAGAACCUUCCACACUUGGGAAACGAACAAAGUCUCCAGGCAGAGCCGCACGCACCCCCACAGCACCAGUGCUGGAAGAGAGCGACUCCACAGCCCUUAUGGAAACUCCAAAGCAGAAACUGGAUUUCACAGAGAAUUCAGGGAGUAAGAGGAGGUCACGGACACCCAAGAUCAGGACUCAACCCCUAGAAGAUCUCGAUGGCUUCCAAGAACUCUUCCAAACUCCAGUGGGUACCAGUGACCCUGUGACUGUUGGGGAAACUACACAGGUAUCUUUGGAAUGUCCACAACCAGAACCGGUCAGAACCCCAGCAAGCAAAAGGAGACUGUCCAAGACAGGUCUUGAUAAGGUGGAUGUGAGAGAUGAGCCUUCCACACUUGGGAAACGCACAAAGUCUCCAGGCAGAGCCGCACGCACCCCCACAGCACCAGUGCUGGAAGAGAGCGACACCACAGCCCUUAUGGAAACUCCAAAGCAGAAACUGGAUUUCACAGAGAAUUCAGGGAGUAAGAGAAGGUCACGGACACCCAAGAUCAGGACUCAACCCCUAGAAGAUCUGGAUGGCUUCCAAGAACUCUUCCAAACUCCAGUGGGUGCCAGUGACCCAGUGACUGUUGGGGAAACUACACAGGUAUCUUUGGAGUCUCUACAUUCAGAACCGGUCAGAACCCCAGCAAGCACAAAGAGACUGUCCAAGACAGCUCUUGCUAAGAUGAAUGUGAGAGAAAAGCUUUCUCCACUGAACAAGCCAAGGUGUUCAUCACAGAAAGUCAUACAUGAACCCAGACUUUCAGAACAUGAUGGCAGAGGAGCCAUAGAUUUGAAGGAAUCUGUGACUCAGACAUCGGACCCAGCAGUCAGUGUAACUCGCACCAAGAGGCAGCGAGGGGCAUGUAAGAAAAGGUCCCAAUCCCCAGAAGACUUAUUUGGUCUCCAGGAGCUCUUCCAAACACCAGGACAUGAUAAGGAUUCAGUGGCAGGUGAUAAGCUCACAAAAAUGCCCCACAGGUCACCAUCACCAGAGCCAGUAGACACUUCAGUCACCUCACAGAGACAGCCCAGAACUAGACUGAUGAAAGUUCAUGUGAAAAGUGAACAGUCAGGAGACAGAAGGCUUCCACAAAUGUCAGGGGAAAUCAUGGACAUAUCUGGAGUAGCAGAAGGUGAAGAUAAAGGCAUUAGAACAAGGAAGCAAUCUGUAAAGCGGAAAUUGGACACAGCAGUGAGUGUGCCCAGCAGCAAGAGGCAACGAGUUGCCCAAGCAGAAAGGGCACAGACCCUAGAGGAUCUGCCUAGCUUCCAAGAGCUCUACCAGCCUCCAAGCUCAGCAGUGGACUCAGUGACUGUUGACAAAGCCACAAAGAUGCCCAGCAAAUCGCCAGAGCCCAUGGACCCAACUUCAAAGACACAGCCAGGAAGAAGACUCAGGAGAGUGGGUGUGACCAAAGAGCCUGUAGCACAAAGAAAGACUGCAAGAGUGUUACGGGAAACCAGAAACACACACAAAGAGCCUGUGGGUGACAGAACAGGUGACAAAGAGUUUAAGGAAUCUUCAUUGCAGAAACAAGACCCAGCUGGAAGCUUAACUGGCAAGAGAAGCCAACCAAGGACACGUAAGGAGAAGACCCAACCCUUAGAGGAGCUGCCCAGCAUCCAAGAGGAAACAGCUACAAGAAUGUCUUGUGAAUCUCCACAACCAGAAGAAAAGGAAACCUCAGUAGCCUCAAAGAGGCAGCUCAGAAUACGACUGUGCAAAGUAAGUGUGAAAGAAGAGCCCAUAGCACAGAGAAAGCCACCAGGCAGGGAAACCAGGAGCACACUCAAAGAGCCCAUGAGUGAUAGUGGAAAUGUUGAAGAGCCUAAGGAGUCUACAAAGCGGAAGACUGACCCAGCAGCAAGCGUGCCUGUCAGCAAGAGGCCACGGAGGGUACCCAGGGAAAAGGCACAACCCCUAGAACUGGCUGGUCCCAAAACACCAGUCCAAAUCCCAGGUCCCACUGAGGAAUCAGCAAGUGAUAAAAGACUCCCACAGAUGCCCUCUACUGCUCUACAACCAGAGCAAGUAGACAGCCUCCAGACCUCACCAAGACGUCCCAGGACAAGACGCGGGAAAGUAGAGGUGGAUGAAGAGCCUUCAGGAGUGAGGAAGACAGUGCCAACAUCAAGGCAAACUACACUAUCCUGCAAGGUCCGUGAAAUUGAUGACAAAGACACCCAAGCUUCAAAGGAGCCUGUAAAGCAGAAAUUAGAAACAGUUGCCAAUGUAACUGGCAGCAGGAGGCAGCUAAGGGCACCUAAGGGUGGGGUCCAACCUCUUGAAGUCUUGGGUGACUCCAAAGAAAUAACUCAAAUAUCAGAGCACACUGAGGAAGUAAGACCUGACACCAGUAAGAGCACUCUACAGCAAAUGCCAGUCUCCAUAAAACCUCUGAGAACAUGCAGGAGAGUGCUAAGGGCCUCUAAAGAGGACACUGUGGAAACCAUGAAAAUGUCGGUGGAUACUAGAGACCCUGAAGAAUCACAAAGCAAAAGCAACACUUCCCUGCCCCCCAAGAGAAAGUCUGCAAGAGAUGGAAGCGUUUCAAGAACCAGGGGGUUGCGCUCUGUGACUCCAAAGCAGGAAGCAGCAGAUGAGAAACCUGUACCUAAGACACAGAGGACUGCUCCCAGCAAGAGGCAAGUGUCACCUGAGCCCGUGAAGAUGAAACACCUGAGAAUCAUGUCAAGCAAACUUGAACCAGUAGAAGAGGAGAUUAGCAACAUCAUGAAAACAGAAGAAAAGGAAACCCCUCCAGAUCAGAAAAUGCCUCUGCCCUCCAGAAACCGAAAGAAAACCAAUGGAAAACAGCCAAGACUUGAGGUUAGUGCAUCUGCAGAGAUGGUUGGAAUCAAGAAAAAUGAGAAGAUCAUGGAGACCUCCCAGGAGACAGAGCUGCAGAGCACAGAUGAUGGAGCCAAGAAGUCUACUGCUAGGAACAAAGUCAGUGGGAAAAGAACGUGCUUGAGGUCUAGAGGUCAGAGGGAGCUUCCCCAGCCUCAUGCAGCAGAGGAGAAACCAAGUGAGAAGGAGGCAGAGAUCUUGAUAAAGACUCAGAAAAGGAAAGGAGUCUCUGGAGAUUCAGAUGUCAGAUGUUUGAGAUCCAGAAAAACUGGAGCCACUUUGGACACUGAACCUAAGCCAAGAGUAACUCGGGGCACCAAGAAAGAUACGGAAGUUCCAAAGAAGGAUGAAGACAUUGUGAACACCAGAAAAUUAAGGACAAGAAGUCACCAGAAUAGUAAAAAUAUGUAGGGUAGACAUUUAAAAAGGAAACGUAAAUUUAGCUUAGUGAUAAUUUCCAGUGUGGUUUUUAUCUCCAGUGUAAAGGUAAACUGUAAAUAAUACUGCCCAUGUUUAAGGAAGGAAGCUUUGAGCUUUCGUGGUUAUACUCUCUUCAAACUCCAAUGGAGAUCAUGAGGGGGGUCACUAGCGAUCUCAGAGCAGUAACAAUUUAAAAGUUUGGGGGUGGGAAGGCAGAAGUGUGGCCCUCUGUCCUGUACAAUAAAGUUCUGAAGUAUACUGCC